AUGCUACUCUUUACCAAAUUAAAAGCAUUCGGAAACACGGCGUCCAAAUCAGAGCGUCGCCGCAAAUUCGAGCAACGGAAAUGGCAAAAGGACGAGAGAUUCACAAUGUAUUUCGAGGAUAAAACAAUGAUGUCCCAAGCCAUCAACAUGGACACUGAGGAACUGCUCGAACAACUCAUCGAAGGAAUCCCAUCUGCAAGUUUGCGUGAUCAAGCCCGUAUCCAAAGGUUCGCAAAUCCGGAGCAGAUGCUGCUAGCAUUUGCCAAUAUACGUCUUCCACAACAACCCGGAACAUACGAACCGAAGAAGUCGACGUCGGAAGCGACGCAGAUCAACAACUUCCACUGCAGGAACUGCAACUCGAAGGGCCAUUUCGCCAAGGAAUGCCGCAAGCCAGCAAGGGCACCUGGAUCUUGUUUCGCAUGCGGAGAAAUGGGUCAUUUUGUGGGAGAAUGCCGCCAGAGGAAGAGCAACAACAACAAUAGCAACGACAACAACUAUAAUGUCUCAUAG